AUGGCCUUGGAGCUUCCACGCAACCUCCAGGCGUUGCUGCCCUAUCUUUUUCUGGCUGUCCUCGGCUUCCUGCUCCGGCGGAAGUUUACUCCUCCCAUCUCUCAUAUCAAGGGCCCUUGGUUGGCAUCGGUGUCGACCCUCUGGCAGAUAUACCAUACUGCCAAGGGCGAUAUUGAAUACGCUGUGCAAAAAGAACAUCAAAAAUAUGGCGACUUUGUCCGUAUCGGAUAUAACGAGGUGUCGUGCAGUCACCCCGACAGCAUCGCCGCUAUCCUGGCACCGUCAUACAAGAAGGCGGACUGGUAUCAAGCGCUCGCCGUCCCGGACAAGCAUCACCAAACGCCCAUGUCAGAAUGCGACCCCAAGCGGCACCGGGAACGAUCAUCAAUCACGGCUAGCAGUUAUACGCUCACGAACCUGAUCAAAUCGGAGAAAAUCGUUGAUACCUGCAUUCAGGAGCUCCAGGAGCAGCUCAAGAAGCUCGCUAGCCUCGGCGAGGCGGUCAACUUCGAAGACUGGCUGAACUACGUCUCCUUCGACGUCAUUGGCGAGCUGACCUUCUCGCAGCGCUUGGGAUUCGUCGGCAAGGGUGAAGACAUUGGCAACUCCAUCAGUAGCAUGCGCUUUCUCAUGAUCUACCAGGCAGUCAUGGGUUACAUGUACUGGUUACACCCGUUUAUCUUGCACAGUCCCUUUUCUGGCUACCUUGGGCUUAAGCCGCAUGCCCACAUCUUCGAAACCGUCAGCGCCGCCGUCGAGAAACGCCAGGACAACCCGAAAUCCAGGCAUGACAUGGUCUCUCAGUGGAUCAACAACCAACGCAAGUGGCCCGAACGCAUGGAGGAGCGAGAGAUACUGGCCGUUGCCAGCAUGACCACCAUUGCCGGCUCGGAGACUAUGACGGGAGCGUUGUCAAACAUGUUCUACUUUCUCCUGAAGAACCCUGAUUGCAUGACCAAGCUGAAGAGAGAAUUGAACCAGGCCCAGGCGGCUGGUGAACUGUCUCCCGUCGUCCUCCACGUAGAGGCGAAGAAGCUUCCUUACCUCCAGGCUUGUAUUAAAGAAACCCUCCGAUACUUCGCCCCUGUACCGUUCGGUCUGCCUCGUGUGGCCCCCAAGGAUGGGAUUACUUUAGGCGAUCACCACUUUGAGGCUGGAACCAUUCUUUCCGUCAACCCAUUCGUCAUCCAGCGUGACCGCCGCUACUUCGGCGAGGAUGCCGAGGUAUUCAACCCGGAGCGAUGGCUGCGCCCCGAGGCGUCACGCUACGAGAAGUACCUGAUUACGUUCGGCACCGGAUACAACGGCUGCCCCGGCAAGCAGUUCGCCUUUGCGGAGAUUGGUAAGAUCACGGCGACCUUGGUGAGAGACUUUGACUUCGAGUUUGAGAAGCUAGGCACCGAUUGGCAGCACCGUAGUCAUUUCACCAUUGCACAGAGCAACUGGCCGGUUAGAAUCCGUGAAGCGGCGCCAGUAGAGAAUUGA